CGGAAAUUGUUAUCGGCCAUUUUGCUAAGCGCUGUUUUCUAGUUUGGUUGUUAGUUGGUGUCGUGUGGAGUUUUUUCAAUUUUAACAUUUAUCGAGAAUGAGCGACAUGGAUGACAAAGACCGUUCAAGGGAUAGAGAUCGGCCUAGACGAGAAAGGAACUCUCGUUUCAAUGACAGCGGCAGAGACCGCAGUAAUGAUCGUGGCAGAGAACCCAGAAGUAUGAAAUCUUCACAAAAUCGAGUGUACGUAUCAAAUAUUCCUUAUGAAUAUCGCUGGCAAGAUAUUAAAGAUCUGUUUCGUAACCAAGUGGGUGAUGUUCAGUUUGUUGAAUUGUUUGUUGAUGAUAAUGACAAACCUAAAGGUAGUGGUAUAAUCGAAUUUGCUGAUUCAGCUUCUGUAAAAAAAUGCAUGGAAAUCAUGCAACGCUAUGAAGUGAAAAGUCGCAAGUUGGUCAUAAAGGAUGAUGCAGGUGUUGUAAGGGAUAAACAUGGAGCCAUCAUUGGAGGCGGUGGCUCAAAGAGAAAUAGAGACAACGAUAGGUUUCGAGAUGAUCAUCAUAGAGAUAUGGGCGGUAGUAACUUGUCACUGAGAAACGACGACGGCAAGUGGGGUAAUACAUAUGGUUUGAGUCCUCAUUUUCUUGAAUCAUUGAAUAUCGAUGCUCCUCUUUGUAAUAAGGUGUUUGUGGCAAAUCUGGAAUAUAAUAUAGACAAGAAGAAGCUGAAAGAUGUAUUCAGACUGGCUGGUAGAGUUAUCCAUAUUGACAUCCCUUGUGAUAAAGACGGCAGAAGUCGAGGUUUUGCAGUUGUUGAAUUUGAUCAUCCUGUUGAAGCUGUACAAGCCAUUUCCAUGUUCCACAAUCAAGUCUUGAAUGAUCGCACCAUGACAGUCAGAAUGGACAGAGCUAACGAAUCUUUCAAACUACCUGAUGGUCUCAAGUCAGUUGGUAUGGGCUUAGGUCCUAAUGGAGAGCCAUUGAAGAAUGUAGUGCACAAUUUACCUUCAUUGAACAGCAGUGCUCAGUCGGCAGGACCUGUAGGUGCUGGGCUCUUGGGGGCUGUACCAAAUAAUCCAUUGCAGUUGGCCAGUGCACUCUCAGGUCUAGGUAAUGUUGGAGCUUUGGGCAACUUGACCAAUCAACAAGUAUUGCAAGCUGCUAACUUGACCGGAUUGGCAAAUAACCUUUUGGGAAACGGUUUGGGGGGAUCUGAUUUGUCGUCACUCGUUCAGAACCCCUUAGCUUCCCAAAACUCGACGACACAACAGCAAUUGGCUGCACUUGCAGCUCAAAAUUCAGCUUCGAACUUGGGAAGUGGCAGUAACUUUGGAAGGGGACAAGGAGGAGGAGGUGAUAAUACUUAUAACAGCCUUGGGUCCCAAAAUACUGGAGGAAGCUUCUCAUCCAACUUGGGUUCUGGUAGAGGCUUUCAGGGCAAUAAUAAUUUGAACAGUUUUGGAAAUGACAGAAUGGGCUUUUCAGGCAAUAAUUCUGCAAUGGGCAUGAGAUCAGGGGAUAGACAGCAGGAAAACAGCAAGAGUUUUUCACGAAAGGUUUUGGUAUCAAAUCUGCCGCCUACUGCAAGUUACAAAAUGCUCCACGAAAAGUUCACUGAAUUCGGAGAUAUUCAUGGUUUUGAAGAGAAAGCUCAUGGAAGCGUGCUCAUUACUUAUGGAUCAGACUGGCAAGCAGAAAGAGCUAUCAAAAACUUGGAUAAGGCCCGGAUUGACGGAAGAAUGAUAGACGCUAGGUUGUUCUUCUGAACAGCUCAAUUGUGCAUGCCUGGAAUGUGUUUGAGAAAAAUUUGUUUUUUUUAUUUUUUUGACAGUAAUUGAUUUCUAAUAGAAGUUUUAGAUCUAGGAAUUUAAAGUGUAGUUUUUUUUUAUUCGUUAUGAAAUUAUAAACUUAAUUUCUGUUCUAUGAUUUAAUAACUGUAUUGUGAAUUGGAAGGUAAGGAAGACAUUUUUACACUAGUCUCAUAUGUUUUCAUAAUUGAUUCUAACCUGAAUUAAAUUAAAAUUUUAAUUUUCUGUGAAUUCUGGUUUUAAUAAAUAAUACUUGAUAGCUA